AUGUUUCCUUUGAUUGAAUUCAAAUUAAUAAUGUAAUCAUUAUUUUUAAUAACAAUAGCCUAAAUAAUUUAAAUCUAAAUUUUCUCCAUUAAAAAAUUAAGAUAUUAACAAAUAAAAUGAGUAUAUAAAACUUUAACAAUUAGUUCUAUGUCUAAAAUGUAAGGAAUACUUAAAAUAACAGAAAUACUUAAUUAAAUUUACAAUCUAACGAAAUUGUGUUGUAGCUUAACUUUAAUGCAAGAAAACUAUUGUUGUUUCAAAAGAAGAAAUUGAAAUGUCUAGAAGCUUGAAUAUGAAUAUUUACAAUCUCUAGUUAUUGAACUAUAAAAUUAAUAACAAAAAAAAUCUGUACAAAUUGUAGAGAAAACUAUUAUAAACAAAAUUCUAAAGUUAAAUUAUUAGAAUCUUAAAUGAAAGAAUUAAGAAGAUAAAAUAAAUUUUUAAAUAUUAAUAUAAUAAUCAAAAGUUAAUUUUGAAAAUGAAAAUUUAAAGAAUUUAUGGCACAUUUGAACUUAGAAGUGCUUAAUUUAAGAAAUUGAAUAAUAAGAAAAUUAAUCCUAUCUAAUUAGAAUCAAUUUAGAUGAUCAAAUAUCAUAAUUAGAGAUUAAAUAAUAAAAUCUCUAAUUAGGAAGACCGUAAGAUGAAAAAUAUUAGAUUACAAAAAAUAAUAAGGUCAUAAUUAAAUCUACAAUUUUUAGUUCUCAAGAAACUGAAAUUAAUUCUCUUAGAAUAUAAAUUUCAUAUAAAUAAUAGAAAGCUUAAAUCUUAAAUUAGAUAUUGA